AUGGCAAAGCUUCCUCAAUCUCCCUUCAUGAACUCUCCAUUUGGUGGCUCUUCAUCAUCAGCUCCAGCUCCAAACGCUAGCAAGACUCAAGGAAACAAGGAUAACAAUAUGCAAUUGGUCCAGAAGUUGGUGCUCGAUCUCAAUAACUACAAUCUCCGAGGGAAUGCUCUUCUCGAGCUAUCCAAGAUAAGAGAACAAUUUCAAGAUUUCGCUCCAUUGUUGUGGAACUCCCCUGGUACUAUUGCUGCACUCUUACAGGAGAUAAUUUCAAUAUACCCUGUUUUAUCCCCACCAAAUCUUUCCCCAGCACAGUCUAAUCGAGUUUGUAAUGCACUAGCCCUUCUCCAGUCUCUGGCCUCACACCCAGAAACGAGAAUGUCAUUCCUCAAUGCGCAAAUGCCUUUAUAUCUGUACCCUCUCAUUAAUACAACCUGGAAAUCAAAGCCAUUCGAGUAUUUAAGGCUUACUUCCUUGGGCGUCAUUGGUGCAUUAGUGAAGGUUGGUGAUACACAGGUUAUCAGUUUCGUUCUCUCUACUGAAAUAAUUCCUCUGUGCCUAAAAACUAUGGAGACGGGGAGUGAACUAUCAAAAUCAGUUGCUACAUUUAUUGUUCAACAAAUUUUGAUGGAUGAUGUGGGUCUGGAUUAUGUAUGUACCACAGCAGAGCGGUUUUUUGCUGUACGUCAAAUGUUGGGAAAUAUGGUGGCUGCACUUGCUCAACAACCCUCAUCACGCCUGCUAAAAUAUAUCAUUCGCUGUUAUCUCCGGCUAUGUGACAACCAAAGGGCUUGUGAUGCACUGAGAGGCUGCCUGCCAGACAUGCUGAGGGAUGGCACCUUCAGUGCUGCACUUCAGGAAGAUGCAACAACAGGAAGGUGCUUACAGCAAUUGCUUCUCAAAGUCCAUGGACCUCGUGUUGCGCCGCAGGCUGGGGGAGGAUCCAACCUUAUGAGGGGGAACUAAAGUUAAUGUUAUAUGCAGUGGUAUUGGGACUCCCUUUUGUAGCCCUUUGGGCUUUAGUAUUAUGUGUGUAUUUGUUGUCUUGUUAAGGUAUUUUCAUAGUAAUUAUGAGGGGGAACUAAAGUCAAUGUCAUAUGCAGUGGUAUUGGGACUCCCUUUGGUAGCCCUUUAGGCUUUAGUAUUAUGUGUGGAUUUGUUUUCUUGUUAAGGUAUUUUCAUAGUCUUGGACAUGUCGUUGCUCUUGACUGGUUUUGUUAUAGCUAAUGUUUUUGUUCUUAUCAUACAUUCCUAUUUUAUUUGUUAUGGAGCUUCUUUGUAGUUUUCAAGAGGGAAAAUGGUGCUUAUGUGGUGGUGUGUUAUGUUGUGUUGUCUUAAGGUUCUUGCCUUAGUGUCCUUGAUCCUUUGUU